AGCAAUAAACAACAUAUGAAGGUGAACAGAAGAACAUAACCUCGAAAAAUUCACCUAGCCGCUGAAACUUCUCAAUUAAAAACAAAUAAACGAUGGAAAUCACAAAAGGUUUUUAUGAUUUAAAUGUGCCGUAUCAAACGAACGAGAAUGAGUUGAUUGCAAUUUUGAAUGAACUGUAUGAUGUUGGAUAUCGAACAAUUGCAAUUGAUGAAACAUUUGAUCACACAAAAUGCAAUCGCAAGGCAUCUGACAUAUUCCCUGCUCCAUCCGAUUUGACCAGCCUGCGAGAGAAAUUCCAGAACAAACUGAAAAUACUGAGCCGGCUCUCAAUUGUCUUUUCACAAAAUGUGAUACUGCACGACAUGAACACAUCAUCCAACAUAAAGAAGUACAAUUUGAUCUGUGGAAUUCCAGUGACAGAAGCGGCGAUGCAGUAUGCAUGUUCAACAUUACCGGGAGACAUCAUCGGGAUGGUGCAUAAUGAUGCAACCAAAGUGUUUUUAAUCAGUCACAAGCAUUAUUUGAUGGCGGCACGACGUGGGAUUUACUUUGAAAUUCAGUAUGCACCCGCCAUUCGCAAUUCAAACCAACGAAAAGAUCUUAUUGUUGUGGCACAGAACAUUGUCUCACAUCGCAAAGCCAAAACAAUUGUGAUUACCGGCGGUGCAUUGAAUCCAUUCCAAGUACGGAGCCCAUACGAUGUGGCCAAUUUGGGUCUUAUAUUUGGAUUGAGUGAGGAGCAGUCGAAAAGUGCAAUUUCAAAUGUCUGCCGAACAAUCGUAUUGAAAGCCGAGGGUCGACGAUAUGGAAAGACGGUGAUUUUUGCCAAAAACACACAAGAGUCCAGCGGUGAUGAAGAGGAAAAUGACAGUGAAUCAGGAGAAGAAGAAGAAGAAGA